GGUUAGUUCAUCAGUGAUAUUGAGCCUCCAACAGCGAUUGCACAGCGAUUCUAAGUCGGUCCAACAAUCAUUUGUUUAAUAUAUUUUUUUGAGUGACUAAAGAGUUCUAAGGAUGCGUCACGCUGUGAUCCUUGUUUUCGUGUGUUGCUUGCUGAUCGCCGUGGCCUCAGCCGGUUUGCUGACCGGUGGAGGUGGUGGUGGUGGCUACGGCGGUGGUGGCUACGGCGGUGGUGGUGGUGGUCAGAGCGGCUACGGCGGCGGUGGCGGAGGAGGUGGUGAUCAAGGCGGCUGGCAAAAGAAUGGAGGAGGCGGCCAUGGAGGUGGCGGCCAGGGAAGCUACGGCGGCGGUAGCCAAGGUGGACAUGGAGGCGGUGGCCAAGGAGGUUGGCAGAAGAACGGAGGAGGUGGUCAUGGAGGUGGUGGAAAAGGAGGCUAUGGAGGUGGAAACCAAGGUGGCCACGGAGGACAAGGAGGCUAUGGCGGUGGUGGCCAUGGAGGCGGUGGCCAUGCAAGCAAGUCCUUGGCCGGCAAUCGCGGUAGUUCCGUGUCCUGGCAGGGCGGAAAUGGAGGCAACAAGCACGGUGGCGGCGGAGGAGGUGGUGGUGGCCUGUACGGUGGUGGUGGCGGUGGAGGUGGCAAACAACAUGGCGGUGGCUGGUAAUCAAACCACCAGGAGCAGCUAAUCCACCGGCUGAUGCUGACUUGUGUUCCAUGGCAUAGAGAUAGAGACAAUCCCUAGAAUCUUCAAUUUUUCUUCUAUCGAAAGCCCAAAUUUUCCUGCUUUUUAUGUUUUUUAUACUAAUAAAUCUUGUUUAUGCAUUUUGUAA